UCACCUCAGACGUUUCAGGUUAGGUUUUCAUUUUCCCCUUCAUUUUCUUGGCCUCCAAUCACGUUUCAGGGUUAGGUUUUCAUUUUCCCCCUCACUUUCUCGGCCUCCAAUCACUCAUCGGUAAGCUUCGAAUCUCAGAUUUGGACCUUCUAGUUCGACAACCAGUCCAAACCCAAACAAGGUGCGGCGUUGACAUCAAUUGACAGCAUUUUUCUCUCCACAAGGUCUACACCUUCGACACCGUCGAAGAUUUCUGGUGAUAUGGAUUCAAUGAAUGAAGAAAAUGAUGAGUAUGGUGAUACUGUUUCAAGUGCUUCAAAAAGAAUGAGAUGUAAGACUUCUUCUGUAUGGUCGGAUUUUGAAAUAUUACCUAAAGGUUCUAAUGGGAAAGAGAGGGCAAGGUGUAAAAAAUGUCAAAAUUCUUUUGUUGCCUGUUCUAAUGGCACUACUUCUUUGUUGCAUCAUAGAGCAAAAUGCCAUGAGGUUGACAAUGAAAUUGUGUCUCGUCAGCCUUUAGAUCAAGCUACGUAUAGGGAAAUGGUUGCAUUGGCAAUUAUUAGGCACAACUAUCCAUUCUCAUUUGUAGAACAUGAGAACAAUAUGUUGCUUCAUUGUUAUUUGAAUCCUGAUGUUAAGACUAUAUGUAGGAACACUGCAAAAUCGGAUGUGAUAAAAAUAUACAGGAGAGAAAAGGAAAAUUUGAAACAUGAUUUAAAGUCAAUUACUGGGAGGUUUUGCUUAACAUCAGAUUUAUGGUCUUCACCUAACACUUAUGAGUACAUGGUUCUUACAACACAUUAUGUUGAUGAACACUGGGUGUUGCAGAAGAAAGUUUUGAGUUUUUGUCAUGUGCUACCUCCACGUGGUGGUGUUAUAUUGGCAGAGAGGUUGUUAGGUUUACUGAAAGAGUGGGACAUUGAGAAGAGGGUAUUCACCAUUACUUUAGAUAAUGUUUCAUAUAAUGAUACUUUGGUGAGUCAUUUAAAGAGACACCCUUCUUUUAGACCUUAUUUACCUUAUGGUGGUGAGUUCUUUCACGUGCAUUGUGGUGCACACAUAUUAAACCUUAUCGUACAAGAUGGAUUAAAAGUCAUAAAUGAGGUUGUGUAUAAUUUACGUGAAAGUGUUAAAUAUGUGAGAGGUUUGGAUCAUAGGAAGUUAAGGUUUGCUCAAUGUCUUUCAAAGCUUCCUUUUUUGACAAGUAAGAAAGUACGCCAAGAUGUCCCAACAAGAUGGAACUCAACAUACUUGAUGAUUGAGACUUGUCUUAAGUAUCGAGAUGCAUUUUCUCACUUGAGUAGGAUUGAUAAACACUUUCUCAAUUGCCCUUCAGAGGAGGAAUGGGAUAGGGAGGAGAAGAUAGCAAGGGUUUUGGAACCAUUUUAUGAUAUCACUAAGCUUUUCUUUGGGACAAACUACCCCACAGCCAACUUGUAUUUCCAUUGUUUUUGGAAGAUUCAGUUGCGUAUUAUGGAACAGUUGGAAGAUGAUGAUACGAUAAUUAGAGCAAUGGCAAAAGAAAUGAAAGAAAAGUUUGAUAAAUACUGGGAGUAUUACAGUCCUGUGCUAUCAUUUGCUGUCAUUUUGGAUCCUAGAUACAAGUUGCAAUGUGUAGAAUUUUGUUAUAGCAAGUUGUAUAAGCAGGAAGUAAUAUCUAUGGUAGUGAAUCUUCGUGAUACAUUGUAUGGCAUCUUUGAGGAAUAUAAGAAUUCUACUAGUGAUAUCUGCAAUAUGGAUGAAGUAGCAUCCAGUAGUGGUGGAGUGCAAGGUCGUUAUGUUAGGCAUGAUGAUUUAUCUGGUUUUGAGACAUAUAAGAGUCAACUUAUUGACUCAGAUUCAAGCAAGUCACAAUUGGAUUUAUACUUGGAAGAGGCUCGAUUUGACUAUAAGUUGCAUGAGGAUUUGAAUGUUAUGGGGUAUUGGAAGUCUCACAGUAAUCGUUUCCCAGAACUUUCCAUGAUGGCACAUGAUAUUUUGAGCAUUCCCAUUACUACUGUUGCCUCGGAGUCUGCAUUCAGCAUUGGUGGCCGCAUUCUUGAUAAGUUUCGCAGUUCUCUUUUGCUACAAACUGCAAAAGCUUUGUUAUGUGCUCGUGAUUGGCUAUAUGGAGUACCAGUUGUGCAUGAUUUUGAGGGAGAAAGCCUUGUGGAGGAUUUUGGCAACUUGUGCGUAUCUCAAUCUAGUUCAUAUGUUGAUGAGGAUUAGGUGAAAGGACGCUAUUUUAAGAUGGCCAUUGCUUCCAUUGUUCACCUCUAUGUAUUUCCGGCAAAACCUUAUGAGCUAAUGGGGACUGCUUCACUGAAAAUAUUUCAGUUCUUGGAGACUAUUUUGCUGACUGUCCUUUUGAGUUUGAUGUGAUGUUUAAGUUAUUUAUUUUUCAUAAAGUCAGUGUUAAUUAAUAUCUCUAGUCAUAUUUGAUUUAUUCAUAGACAUUUUUUCUUGUACAUUUUCCAGAAAUUGGACAGAGAAAUUGCUCAGUUUGUUGGCUUAUAGUUUGGUCAUUUCUGAGUGUUUGUUUCCAACAUUAUCUAGAACAUGUAAGAAUUAUGGCAGGACAUCUUUUGCUUCAUGUUUUGACUUCCGUCAUCUAAUGAAAAUUUUCCUUGGUUUGGUAACUUUGGUUUA